ACGACAGUGACGUACUAGGAAGACCUGGUCUAUGUUUCAACUUGCAGCUAGUUUUAACUAACACGGUAUGAUAACGUGAUGUUAAACUAAUGUAAUUGCGUGAUUAAAACAUCGUGCAAAUAUCAAUAUUGACGGUGUCUUUCCAUAGAACUACAGCAGAAUAGAGUGGAAGCAUGUGGAAGACGGCCACAGUUAUAGCAGUGUUUGCGGUCACUUUGGGGUAUUUCUAUCAUACUCAUCCAAACCUGCCAGGUCAGCUGUGGUACUUCUCUCUACCAUUCCCCAAUGGCUCCAGUACCCUGAAUGUAGAGGAGGACAACCUCAACACACCCACUUUUGAACAGGCCAUUGCCAGUGCGUGGGAGGCUCUUAUCACUGCUCCUACGCAUCAGUGGAAAAGGAUUGCUGUUGGAGUGAAUGCCUGUGUGGACGUGGUGGUGUCAGGUGUGGGUUUACUUGAAGCUUUGGCUCUUGAUCCUGGAAGAGGCUUUGACCAUGAGGUUUUGCAGUCCAAAAAUGACCUGAUGGAAGCCUUUCUUCAUUUUAUGGAGAGGGGUGCUGCAGCAGAGCGCUUCUUCACAGACAAGGAAGUAUUCCUUAGUAUUGCACAGGCUGCUGCUGAGGACCCUAGUGCUCAGCUCUAUGUUGGUGGGAAUGCUGCUCUUAUGGGACAGAAGUUUGCAUCUUACCCUCAGCUCAUGGUUCUGCUUUGUGGACCUGUUGGGCCUAAGCUGCAUCAGUUACUGGAUGAUCAGAUUGUAGUUCCUCCUCAGUCCCUUCAAGAGACUGAUGAGUUCCACCUUAUUCUGGAGUAUCAGGCCGGGGAACAGUGGGGCAUGACACAGGCACCUCAAGCUAACCGUUUCAUCUUUUCCCAUGAUGUGGCCAAUGGGAAGAUGAGUUCUAUGGAGAUUUUUGCUGCCAGCAUUGAAGAGUUCCAGCCAGAGUUGGUAGUUCUCUCUGGCCUGCACAUGAUGGAGGGAAUGGGAAAGAAUCUGUGGAGAGAACGGCUCAAAGAGGCUGUAGUGGCCAUCUCUGAUGUUCGCAAACAGAUUCCCAUUCAUCUGGAAUUGGCCAGCAUGACUGACAAGGAAUACAUGAGCAGCAUCAUGCAAGAGCAGGUCAUCCCCAUAGUGAACUCCAUCGGGCUGAAUGAACAGGAGUUGCUGUUCUUGUCCCAGGCGGGAAGAGGCCCACACUCUGAGCUGAAGACUUGGGAUGGCUUACCAGAUGUGGGUCGUGUCAGUGACAUACUUCUGUGGAUCCUCAAGCAGCAUGGUCGCAGUGAUCCAAGUUCAGAGGCUGACCUUACACGCAUCCAUUUCCACACAUUGUCUUAUCACAUUUUGGCUACAGUCGAUGGAUACUGGGGCAACCAGGUCGCAGCUGUGGCAGCUGGGGCACGUGUGGCUAGCUGUCAAGCUUGUGGCAUCCAGGCCAUUGAUGUCCAAAAAGUGAUCCUCAAAGCCCCACACACAUUUUACAGCUCUCAUAGUGAGCCCAGGGAGCAACUGAAUAUCAGUCCAAAUCAGCCUGUCACAAUAUGGCACCGUGAUAAUGUGACCUUCUAUCUGACCCCUGUUCUGGUGUGUAAACAACCUCUGCGGACAGUGGGGUUAGGUGAUGCCAUCUCUGCUGAGGGACUCUUUUAUUCAGAAAUGCUGUCACAUGAGCUCUAAGGACCUGCUAUAAAGUUGAUCAUGGCUCUUCAUCUAUAGUUACUUGUACAUGGUACUGUUACAGAACAAUAUUCUGUCAAAAAAUGUCCACUGUUAGGUUUCUAGUGAUGUCCUGUUUUAUGCAGUGGAUCUCAGAAUCAUUUCUUCACACUCCAAAAUAUGUUGAUUUUUUUUAACAGUAAUAAGUCAAUACAUUUAUGUUCACUUUCCUUGUUAAUUGUCCUGUCAUACAUUUUGUUGUAUGUGUCAAGCAGGUCAGUACCCAGUACAUGUCCUUAUUGAUAAAUGCUGAACUUCAGCACAAGUUGUAGCUACUAAUAGGUAAGGACCAUAGGCAGAGACGGGAAGAAAUUUGAAUGUCCUCAUGUAAAGAAACUAGUCUUAAUCCCAUAGUGCAAUAUGUCCUUUUUACCAUAACGUUUCCAAAGUGUCAUUGAGUACAGGAUUUUAGUUGUCUUAAGGUUCAGGCGCCUUCUACCAGCAUUAUACUACACUUUGUGAAGUUUUUUUUUUUUUUUUUAAUGGAUUUGUUCUGUGUUGAUGUCAGAGAAAAGAAAUGUAUAGAGGUAUAGUUGGAAUAACACCAUGGUCAGAAUAACACUUCAGGUAUUUAAACAUUUUUGUUAUUGGCUGUUCUUACUCAGCUCAUGAAACCUCUUUCAAUGUAUAGAUUCUCAUGUAAAAGUUUUC